AUGACGGGCGAAAGCGGCGCGAACCGCACGUUUCGCUCGAUCUUUGGACGACAAGAGCGACUGUUUGAUGAGGUGCUGGAUCUCGAGGUGGACGGCCGUGCGUCGAUUGGCGCGGAGGACCCGAGCGCAGGAGCUUCGGUUGCGGUGUUUGAUGGAGACAAAGGCACGAGUGGUGACAAUGAUGAUGAAAACGAGGACACUGAUGCGAUGUGGCACGAGGAGCUACUGCUGGAGUGUGAUGUAGCUGCAAAGAGCGGCGGUGGUCCAUUGGGGCUGCAGUUAGCACAGCAGCGGUCGAUGGAAGCGUGGGCCGACGAAGACGACGAAGAGGACAAUUGGAAAGAUGCAUUGCAAGAUCGGGUUGACCAACUGGAACUAGCGUUCCUGCCACAUGAUGGUGAGGACGCUGUAGCUGCUGAAGAUCGACACGGGUUGGACCAGCAAUCGGUAUGUCAGCUGCAAACACACGAGCUCCGUACCUGGCACACUGAAGGCAAAGUUGCGAAUGGAGCAGCAGCGUCUACUCUCGUGGAUGAUGCACGCAUGCGGUCAAUCUCGAUUGACUGUAUAGCCCGCGACGUCCAGACUGUCGAACACUACCGCAAACGCUCAAGGUCUCUGAGCGACACGACUGAUAUGAUGGAAUCGCCUCAUCAUUCGCUGUCACGAAAGAACUCGUUCGGGGGCAGUGGUCGAAGCUGCAUUAGCCGGAGCGGUAGUAGAGAUAUACGCGGGAUUGAGGCACCUUUGCCGAGUGAUGCUGCGCGGUCGAUGUCACCCAGCGCCGCCGUAUCGGUUUUGAGCGACACUGAAGCCAUUCGCCGUUUUGUGCUUGACGAUGUCAAAUCCAUGUCCAUGGAGAGACUUGUGAGCGAUGCCCAGCGAUUGCAUUUCCUAGAGGACUUUUACCAGAACCAGCGAAGACAAGGUCUUGCCUUACCCGCCGUAAUCUCUACUGCAGCGUCUGCUCCGCCACCGGUCUCUCCGUCUCCAGCCGUGUCUACACUGUGA